AUGAAGUUUUUGACCACCAAUUUUUUAAAAUGUUCUGUUAGUGCUUGUGAUAACAGUAACGACAAUUUUCCAUUAUCCUUCGAUGGAUCUAAAUGUGAACUUAUACAGGAUACCACAAUCGAGUUCAACCCAGAGUUCAUUAUGAAUGUGAUUGAUAGAGUUGACUGGGAUGCUAUUGUAUUAGUUGCUCAAGAAUUGGGCAACAACAGUUUACCUGCAGCUAAGCCUGUAUUAGGUUCUGUAGAAGGUUUAACUGAAGAUGACAUGGCUGUUUUAAGAGACCUUCAUCUUUUAUUCAUUCAAACUUCUAUCAAAGAAGGUGAAAUGAAAUGUAGAAACUGUGGUCAUAUCUACUACAUCAAGAACGGUAUCCCAAACCUAUUAUUACCUCCACAUCUAGCCUGA